AUGUGCAAAGAAGAAGACGAUGUUCAGUUUAAGCAGGAAGAGGUUGGAGGCAUGGAAACACAGCAAGCUAAGAAGGAAGAAAAUAAAUAUAAGGGCUUUCCAGAGCCAGGAAAUGUUCCAGAACCUCCAGAUAAAUUAGUUAACCUUCCAAAACAUAGUGCUGGCGUGAAGGAAGAUUCUCUCAAAGUAAAAUCUUUGCAGGAAUUCCACGAUUUAGAUUUAUCGGAUAUGUCGAACAAAUGA